CCCAACCGAAGAUGGCAAACCUCGGGCACGGCGGGGGCGGAGAGGUCCGGGUGAAGGGCGAGUUCCGCUCCCGCGCUAGAGCCACCCAUUCGGGGGCUGAGGGACGCCGGCAACAGGGAAGCAGUGCACGAAGCGGCGGCAGCGGCGGCAGAAGCAGCUCACUUCCUGGGCACUGUAGUUCGACCGGUGCAUCCCCCGCGUUCCGCCAGGGAAGGCAGGAAGGUGGGCAGCGCUUCACCUGGCCGGCUCUCUUCCUUCCUUUCUAGACGGGUCGAGGACUCCUCCGCACGUGCUGUCCCGGGCUGGAUGCACAGCUGUCGAACCCCGAGAUCGGCGCCCUCGGGGGCCCCGUCUUUUUUCCCAAGUUGCGUCCAGGGAGCUCGGCGUUAUCAUUCCAGCGUCCGGAGAAGCCCGACCUCGCUUCGCCAGCCAGACUAGAAGAUCCACUGGCCACGCCUCGAUCCAAUACGGAGGGCCCUCUGAAAUGAGCCAGGUGGCCAGGAAGGGCGUGGGAAGCCCCGGGCGCGGCGAGCGGCCGGCCGCGGCUGAAAGGCAGCGAGGCAGCGAAUAAACAGAGGGCGCCAGGCCCCGGGCUCGCCAAACUCGCCUCGGUCGGUCUCCUUUCGGCGGAGAUGAGCGGCUGGGCAGGGCUGGCCGGGCUCCUCCUGGCCGUGGCCGGAGCUCAGAAACAGUUGCCGCAGCCGCCCCGGGCGCCGCCGAGUAGCUUUCGCCCGGUCGCCGCAGAACAUGCCGCUCCGUUCGACCACGUCUUCAACGGGAUGGUCAACCGAAGCACGGAGCGGCUCUACUCCUUCAACUACACCAGUAAGGUGGGCCAGGUGGACGCCCUCCGUGUUACUGUGAAGAGUGACUCCGAAGAUGAUCAGUACCCUGUCUUGUUUGUAGUUCGGCAACAAAAGGGGGUGCUGUCCUGGCAGCUCCCUCUCAUUUUUCAUGGGCUUUACCAAAGAAGUUACAACUACACAGAAGUCAGCCGUACCCUCUGCCCUUCCGAGUCUGUACCUGAGAAUAGAUCUUCCGAGCAAAUCAUAUUUAUAAAUGUAGCUUCCAUGGCUCCCUAUAACGCCCACUAUCAGCUGCAAGUUACCAAGAUUAAGAACUUCCAGCUUAGCAUGGACGCUACUUUUGCCUUCACUGCCAGCCCUUCCCAACCACAGUACUUUUUGUACCAGUUCCCUCCUGAUGUGGAUUCUGUCAUUGUCAGAGUGAUUUCUAAGGCAAUCUAUCCCUGCUCUGUUGUCUCCAUCCAAGAUAUUGUGUGUCCAGUUUAUGAUUUGGAUUAUAAUGUGGAAUUUAAUGGAGUUUAUCAAUCCAUGACAAAGCAGACAGCCAUCACUGUGCAGAAAAAGGACUUCCCAAGCAAACAGUUUUUUGUUGUAUUUGUUAUAAAGCCAGAGGACUAUACCUGUGGUGGUUCAAGGCCACCCUCCAUUCAAGGAAGGGCUAACUACACAUGGAACCUCCAACGAAUGAAGCAUCUUGAAGUGACAGUGUUACCUUCAGUUAAAGGCACUGUUUAUAUACAUGCCAUCUUUUUCAGUUUUCUGACUUUCUUCUCCUUCUAUCUGGGUGCGCUAGUGGUUGGAUUUGUGCAGUACAUCAGAUUUCAUAUGAAAACAUCUAUUAGAGGACUUAAUGAUGGUCCUGGGACUAUGACUUCUUCUCAUCCUAUCACUGCCAGCACCCCUGAAGGAAGCAGCUAUGGAGCUAUAGAUGAAUCAAGCUCCAGUGGAGGUCAAGAAUUAUCAAAUCUAGAUCAUAGGCCUCCUUGUGGCAGUGAUACAGACAGCUCAGUGGAAGAGGAGAGUGAUUUUGACACUAUGCCUGAAAUUGAAAGCAACAAGAACGUAAUCCGCACUAAGAUGUUCCUGUAUCUGUCAGACCUAUCCAGAAAGGAUCGGAGAAUUGUCAGCAAAAAGUAUAAAAUUUAUUUCUGGAACAUCAUCACAAUUGCUGUUUUCUAUGCCUUACCAGUGAUCCAGUUGGUGAUCACAUACCAAACGGUGGUGAAUGUGACUGGAAAUCAGGACAUCUGCUAUUAUAACUUCCUUUGUGCUCAUCCACUGGGAGUCCUGAGUGCUUUCAACAACAUCCUCAGCAACAUUGGCCACAUGCUGCUGGGUAUCCUUUUCCUGUUGAUUGUGUUGUGCAGAGACCUUCUCCAUCGACGUUCCUUGGAAAUGAAAGACAUCUGCGCAACGGAAUAUGGGAUCCCUAAGCAUUUUGGCCUCUUCUAUGCCAUGGGUGUUGCUUUAAUGAUGGAAGGUGUCCUCAGUGCUUGCUACCAUGUCUGCCCAAAUUACACUAAUUUCCAGUUUGACACCUCUUUCAUGUAUAUGAUUGCAGGAUUGUGUAUGCUAAAACUAUAUCAGACUCGCCACCCCGACAUCAACGCCAGUGCUUACUCGGCCUAUGCAUCCUUUGCAGUGGUCAUUUGCCUUGCUGUACUCGGAGUGGUUUUUGGGAAAAAUGUGUGGUUUUGGGUCCUCUUCUCCAUCAUCCAUGUUGUGGCCUCUCUUGGUCUUAGCACCCAAAUUUACUACAUGGGUCGUUUUAAGAUAGAUGUCUCUGAUCCAGAUCUUGGGAUUUUUCGACGUAUAGCUAUAGUAUUGUACACAGAUUAUAUACAACAAUGCAGCCGACCCAUGUACAUGGACAGAAUGAUUUUGCUUGUUGUUGGGAACCUGGUUAACUGGUCUUUUGCAAUUUUUGGACUUGUAUAUCGGCCAAAGGAUUUUGCUUCUUACAUGCUGGGCAUUUUUAUCUGCAAUCUUUUGCUAUAUCUUGCCUUUUAUGUCAUCAUGAAGCUCCGCAGUUCAGAGAAGCUAUUGCCAUUCCCCCUCUUUUGUAUUGUGGCCACAGCUGUGGUUUGGGCUGCAGCUCUUUAUUUCUUUUUCCAGAACCCCAGUAGCUGGGAGGAAACUCCAGCACAGUCUCGUGAAAAAAACCGACCAUGUAUCCUUCUGGGAUUCUUUGAUGACCAUGAUAUCUGGCACUUCCUUUCAGCUGCUGCCUUGUUCUUUUCAUUCUUGCAACAGAGUUACCAGUCUCAAUGGUACUAUCUUCUUUGCUGGAAUGUGCUUGGCUCAAUAGAUCAUGAGGGUGUUGUAAGUAUAUGUCCAUUCAUUCAGCAAGCUUAAACAGAUCACUUAAGGAAACAGCUUAUUAUUCAGACCUGUUCAUUUUAGGGCCAGAAUCAAGUCCCGGUUAUUUUCAAAACACACUGGGCCAGGUUUUACAAACUCAUCCAGGCCUUAAGUCAUAGAAACAAUUAUUUAGAUCAUUCUAAAGAAAUGAGUUUCCAAUUUUAAGAAAGGGCUGGUAUUUCUUUUUAAUUAUCUUUAUUAAAUUGGAAAGGGAAGAACCAAUAUUUUCUGGAUAGUACCUGGAAUGUUUUAAAUUAUGUUGAAUGCUAUCUCUAAGUAUGUUUUAGAUAAUUUUGUUAAUAUUAUGUAUGUUGUAAUAUUUUAUUAUUUGAUUGCAUAGUACUUAGGUAUUGUGUGAGCUAAAUUAAAAUACUAUUACAACUACUAGAAAAUCCAACCAGCAAAACAGGGGUCUUUUGCUGGAGAAAAUAUGGUUUUCUUUUAAAAAUAAUUUGAGCAAAAAAACAACAACAACCCUGUAGGCCUAUCUAAAAAUAACAUACUAUUUGAGUCAGACACAAACAACUUCCUGUUAUAUUUCAUUUAAGCCUGUGUUAAGAAGGAAAGGCAUGGAGAAAUAACCUGGAUCUAACAAAAAUGAUCAAAAUAGAAAAAAAUCUUAUUGCAAAGCAUCAGUAGUUGGAUUAACAGCUGGGACAGCUCAAUACCCUAAUCUGAUGGAAAUAGUUCAUUUGGCUCUUGAUAACCAUGUACCAGGAUGGAAACAAUUGCCCAAAGAUGUAUUCAAACUCCCCCAUCCAAACAAAUGCCCAAUACACAGUGUACUAAUGUAUCCAGCCUCUUUCUUGGGCCAGCAUGGCUGUCUUGCCUAAAAUGUGUUAAUUUUAGAAGCCAGAGGAUGCUUCUGAUGGUUUGAAAAGAUCCCAUCUCUCUCUCCUAUUUAGCCAGCUUGCUUUUUGUUGUUGCUGUUGUUAUUCUUGGCUUGGAGAAAUAUCCUUGGAAGGAGCAUUUCCAGAACAUAUUUGGGCUAUAUUUAAAGGUUACUGAUUUAAACAACUCCCACAUGAGAAAAUCUGAGCACAGUAUAAAUAAUGUUCCCUUUGUCACCAGUUCGACCAGAUUGUAUCUCAGAUUCUUUACAGAACUGAAGUAACAAGGAUGUCCACCAGGGAAGGGAAAAUGACAAAACACUAUUGAACUCGUCACAUUAAUUGCUAUGAAUUACAUGUUUGCAUUAGACAUCAGAAUGCAAGUACUAUAAUUUUAUUGAUAUAUUAAAUUUGGAGACCACCCAUCUCCCUCAUGGAGCACCUCUGGGCAGUGUACAAUACAAAACAUAAAAGUUAUUAUGGUAUUUGCAUUGUAUCACUACACAUGAUUCUUGGCCCUAUCACAGUAGUGGUGAAACUAUGGCAUGUGUGCCAGAGGCAGCACUCUGAGCCCUCUCUAUGGGCAUGUGCGCCAUUUCCCCAGCAGAGUUCGCCAGAGUAGCGAGCACAUGGUGUUUGGAAGUGACAGGUCAGGAAGUGACCGAGCAAGCAGAAUUGGCCCCCUGGGAUGCCCCGGAGAUGGCGAGGGACUGGCCCCCGCUGUCCUGGCCCUGGCCAUGUUCACCCAGUGACCACUGCAGCCAUGCCCACCCAGUGGGCCAUGCCCCCCCCGAGGGCACCACAAUACUGAUGCAGCCCUGGCACUCUGCAGUAAAUAAGUGGGUUUUGGGUUGCAGUAUGGGCACUAUUGUAGGUUCGCCAUCACUGCCCUAUCAGUUUGCUGUAAAAUACAUAAUGACAUCUUACAAUAUGGUAUUUGUUUCACCAAAUCUUAAAAUAAGUAUUAUGUGCAGGGGGAAAAACAACUACUAUUCAGAUUUCUAGGAGGAAGAUGUCAGAACUAUCCUGACUACAAAACUGAUAAGUCAUUUCUGCCUAUUCUUCCAUUUUGUACCAAGAAAAAAACCAUAUACAAAUCUCUUGAUCUGCCUGUGAUACAUUCUUGCUCUAGGGCCUGCUUACCCUGGAUGAUGAUUUGGAUUCUGUGCCAAGGAACAAGAUUCCUGUCUUCUGAGCUACAAGAUAAGAUCAGCAUUUGAUGCUUCACAGUGAAAUUUGCUGUGUGGAGCAGUCAGAACAAAGCACCAAGUACACAUUGGAAAGAAGCAUCUUUGAAACAAUUCCCAUAUAGAAAAAUCCGAACACUGCAAAAAUCAUGUCCUCAACAUCAGCUUGAUCAGAUCAGUAUAAUGCAUUAUAUUGAGACUAAUCAAGCUGGGGUGUUCAUAGAUUCUCUGUGGCCUUUCUUCACUUUCUUAUAAUGGAUAAGGUUUAUACCCAGCAUUGUAGUUUCUUAGUUUGUAAUUUACCAAAUGCACACGGAAUGAUUCUCCUUUUGGCUACAGUGGAACUUUAAUAUUCAAUUGCUUUGAAACUCAUUGAAUUUUGUACUCAAUGCAUUUUGACACAAAAUUUUUGUCCCAGUACUCAUGUUUGUUUGGUAUUCAAUGCACAAGCUAGAACAUGUCAGGGUCAGUUGCCUUGUGACUCAUUAUAUUAUUCCUUAUGGCAGAGGUCGCCAACCUUUUGGGCACCAGGGAACCAAAAGGAGAGAGGUUUUUCUGCAGACUAAGGGGGCGGGGCUUUGUGUGCUGCCUGCAUCCUGUGGAUGGGGCUCUCCUUGUUUGUACGGACUGGUUGCUGGUAUGUCACCGCCCAGUACUGGUCCAUGGACCGGGGUUGGGGACCCCUGCCUUAUGGGAGAAAUUUGUUUGGUACUCGUGUUAGGUACAUAUCAUGCCCCCCAGAACCAAUUAACAAUGAGCACCAAGGUUCCAUUGUACUUAUGUUGUGCUUCUUGAUUAGUCAGAAAUACUUACACAGUACUGAAAUAUUGCUGAGAUCCUUAUAUAAAACAUUUUGCAACUGUUGCAUUUACUACAUAAAAUGAUAGUAACUCAUUUUUGUACUGAAGACACCAUCCCUUUUCUUCCUAUAGUACUUUAGACAAUGUGAACAGUGCAACCUGUCUCCUUUUCAGAGGGAAGAUGGUACACUUCUUUGUACAAAACAUACUUUCCUUGCUUAGCUGGAAGAUGCUUUUCCUGUCCAUGAGACUGUCAUAUGCAUUAUAACAUUUCUUUUAACUUAGAUGUUUGGUUCUUCAACAGGUAAUCCAGUAUUACAAUGUUAUUUACCUUGCUAAUCAUCUAUCACUAUUGCCAAAUGGUGAAUUAUCUUCUGAUAAUCUACAAUCUCUUAUCUGCUAUUCAUUUAAGCUUGUGCAAAAUAACUGUUAAUGGGUAAGACAGAAAAGAUCCAAUCUUUUACCCUAUUGUUUAAUCCCAGAAUUAUGUUCAGAGGAUGCUGUGUAGAUAUUUGUGCCAUGCUUUGCUAAAUUUAAAUUAAAGCAUGUCUCAGUAUUAUCAAUAUGAAUUACUUAAAGAUGUUCGUUAACCUUUAACUAUAUUUGGACUUUCUCCUAAUGAUUAUUUGGCAGGUAAUGACACAGCACAAUUGUCUUCACUUUGUUUUAAAAAAAAAUACUAAACACUGGAAUUCUGCAUCUGCUUUUCCAGGGUCUCUAGGUUAAACCUGCUGUAUAUUUAAAGGAAAUCUAAGAAUAAAGGAGACUUUUUUUUUUCCAUCCAGAGGUCUGGGUGGUGCUUUGCAUCUGAUUCCAAAAGGAUGCGAGAAUGCUAAUAUAGCACUUCAGCAAAGGAACCAUCUCUCUUCUAAAGCAUGUUUUUGGUCAGUGUUUUUCAAACCUGACAACUUUAAAAUGUCUAAACUUCAACUCCCAGAAUUCCCAGUUAGGAUCUUAAAGUUGCCAUAUUUGAAAAACACUGUUCUAGGUCUCUUUUUGGAAUCAAGCCAAAGCAUUACACAACACAAAUACACUGUACUCCAAGUCACAUUUUCUAGAAACGUAGCAGCCCCAAAUGCAUUUUCCUAUCCCUAAACAACUUGCUGAUCAAUAGAUCUGAAAACUACCAGCAAACUACUGUCUUUGCAUAGCAAUCAAAGCGAUGCUCUGACCCACUAUUUACAACAUUUUAUCUUGUGUCCAAGAAUCAGCUUGGCUAUUUUGAGUUUCUCACUAUGGCUGAGCAGGUGGACAAUGAAAUUGGAACAAAUUAGUGGGAAACCACAGACAGAAUUGCUGGACAUUUUAGUUGUUUACCUUCUUAAAAAUUACAGUCUUAAAUUUGGGUAUUUAAAUGUAAGAUAAUUUGUUUUGCUUUUUGUUUUUCCUGCAGGGGAAGAAUUAUAAAACACAAGCAGAACACAAAAUGAUAGUGCACAAACUGUACAUGUUUAAAAAUAAAAUACUAUUUUGUUUAUAUCUAUACAAUGUUUACAAUCAAUAUAAUUUUACAUUUAAUAAAAAUCUGAGAAUUUUUUAAAAAA